AUGUCCUUCCUCCAGCUCCUCGCUCCCACCUCUAACCUCUCCUCCACCGUUCUGCCGACGGUGCCCGCUGAUCUGGGCGUGGUCACCGGCUCCCAGUCCCAGAUCAAAGACCUGCUGGGCCUGUUCUGUAUGGUCACCCUGGACCUGAUCGCCCUCCUGGCCAACGUCGGCGUCAUGGUUGCCAUCGCACGUGCCCCACACCUCAAACGUUUUGCCUUCGUUUGUCAUCUCUGCGCCGUCGACGUCCUGUGCGCGGUCCUCCUGAUGCCACUGGGAAUCCUCUCUAGCUCGCCGUAUUUCGGAACCGUGGUGUUUACUAUCCUGGAAUGCCAAGUCUAUAUAUUCCUGAACGUGUUUCUCAUCUGCCUGUCCAUCCUCACCAUCACGGCUAUUAGCAUCGAGCGCUAUUUCUACAUUGUCCACCCCAUGCGCUACGGCGCCAACAUGACCGUGAACCUGGUGAUCGGCGCCAUGUUGCUGAUCUGGGUAAAAUCGCUGGUGCUGGCCGCGGUCACACUCUUUGGUUGGCCCGCGUACGGAAGCCACAGCUCCAUCUCAGCGGCGCACUGCUCGCUCCACGCUAGCCACAGCAGUCUGCGCAAACUAUUCGCCGUUCUCUUUAGCCUGGCUUGCUUCGCGGUGCCUUCCCUUGUGAUUUUUAUCGUUUACUGUGCGGUGUACAAGGUGGCGAGGUCAGCAGCAAAGCUACAAGCGCCUGCAGUAGCGCCGUGCCAGGAUAAGGAGCGCUCAGGGUCUAUAAACAGCCAAACGACAAUGCUUGCGCGGACUUUGCCCCAACGAUUGUCGCCGGAGAGAGCGUUCAGCGGCGGGAAAGCUGCGCUCACUCUGGUUUUUGUUGUAGGACAGUUUCUGAUUUGCUGGUUGCCGUAUUUUGUCUUUCACCUGCAAAUGGCGCUAAGCGAAUCUAUGAAAAGUCCUGGAGAUGUGGAGGAAGUGGUGAACUGGCUGGCUUUCUCUUCUUUCGCUGUGAAUCCCUUUUUCUACGGUAUUUUAAACCGGCAGAUCAGAGACGAGCUGGUCAAGUUCAGGAGGUGCGGUUGGACUCAAACUGUGGAGAUGGGGAGUCAUGAAGGAUCGCUCCAAGAUAACUUUCUGCAGUUCUUCCAGAGGACCACGGGCAGCAGCAUCAGCAGUAGCAGUAGCAGUAGUGUGGGCAGAAGGACCAGUCUAAGAGCCAGCGUGAUCUCAAAGGAAGUAGCAGAGGAGGCUUGCUUCUCUCCAGAAAGAGAAACCAGAGAGAAAGACUAG